AAAAUGGCAAAUGGGACCACAGUGAAGGAAUUCGUACUGUUGGGUUUGACCAAUCACCAUAACCUUGAGAUCUUGAUUUUUCUCCUACUGUUCAGCACAUAUCUGUUGACCAUCAUGGGGAACUUUGUGAUUAUCGCAAUCACACUGGUGGACCAACAACUCUACACCCCAAUGUAUUUCUUCCUCCGGCAUGUUGCCUUCGUAGAGAUUGGCUACACUACCACCAUCAUUCCCAAAGCAUUGGUCAACAUAGCUACGGGUCACAAAAUUAUCUCUAGAUACGGUUGCUUCACACAGACCUAUCUGUACUUCAGCCUGGGAACUACAGAGUUCUUUCUGCUGGCAGUAAUGUCUGUUGACAGGUAUGUGGCCAUUUGUAACCCACUUCGCUAUUCCACUAUAAUGAAUGGUCAAAUUUGUCCUCUGCUAGUGCUUUCCUGUUGGGUUGCAGGAUUUUUUCUCAUUUUGGGACCGGCAGCUGCAUUAUUUCAGAUGUCAUUUUGUGGCUCAAAUAUAAUCAACCAUUUUUUCUGUGAUAAUGGACCUUUACUCAAGCUUGUUUGCGCAGACACAAGUCUACUGGAACUCAUGUCUUUCCUUUCUGCGAUAUUGUCUCUUAUCGGGACCUUGGCAGUAAAUCUUGUGUCCUAUGCCCAUAUUAUUUCUAACGUUAUGCGCAUCCCAUCAACUGGAGGGAGGCAGAAGGCCUUCUCCACUUGUACCUCACACCUCACUGUGGUCUCCAUCACGUACGGCAGUUGCAUUUUCUUGUAUGUAAAGCUGAAAGGCACCAACAGGUUAGACUUCAGCAAGUCAGUAGCUGUACUUAACACGGUUAUGGCUCCUCUUCUAAUCCCAUUCGUAUAUUGCCUGAGGAACAAACAGGUGAAGGAUGCCUUAAUGCGCGCAAUAACCGCUGCUAACACGUUCCAUCAUUUGAAAGAGGUCUUAUAG